CUAGCUGCAGAAAGUAAGACGCAGCGGGAACCGCUCAUCAAACUGAGGGCUGGGCUUUGUUUUCUUUUUUUAUUGGUAAUACCUUCAUUAACUGUAAAUGAUAACAGAGGAUGCCAAUGCCAGCAAUGACGUGGAUUUUACUUUUUGAGGAUGGACAAAACAAGCGAACCUCCUUCAGCUGGUAAAAGAAAGCUGUGUUCCACGAAAAGUGAAUCUUCGAACAGACAGCCAUCCACAACAAAGGUUGUAAACGAGCGAACAGAAAACCAAGAUUCGCCUCCAGUCAUGGAUCUGAAAACAAAGCUUAAAUUAUGGUUUGUAAUGGGCGUCAUGUUUUUCUAUGACAUUGUGACGUUCCCAGUGUACUUCCUACUUCUUCAACCAUGGAAAAGGUGGAAAGCAGACAGAACCGUUUGGGCAAAACACAUUCGGGAAAAUGACCCAUACAGUCCUUGUGUUCGUCUUGUUCGUCACUGCAUUAACCCUUUGGAUGGAAUUAAUACUCUAGAUGAGCUAUUCAGAAUGUCUGUGGUUCGAUUUGGAACAAAGAAGUGUCUUGGAGUACGAGAAUUGCAAGCUGAAGCCGAUGAAUACUACAGAAAUGGAAAAGUAUUUAAGAAGGUACGGUUAGGCGAAUAUAAAUGGUAUUCUUAUGUGGAUAUUGAACAAAGAGUUGAAAAUCUGAGCAAAGGCUUGUUGGAAUUAGGACUUCAACCAAAGAAACAAAUAGUGAUAUUUGCUGAAACUAGGAUAGAGUGGAUGCUGGUGUGCCAAGUUUGCUUCAGAAUAAAUGUGCCAGUGGCUACUUUGUAUGCAACCCUUGGUGAAGACGGAAUUGUUCACGGAAUCAACGAGACGGAAGUCACACACGUCUUCACUUCUCAAGAAUUGCUGCCCAAACUAAAAAAAAUAAUCGAAAAAUGUCCAGCAGUAACUCAUGUAGUUUAUUUUGAGAAUAUAAGACCUGUUGACACAACUGGCUUUCCGGAGAGAAUAUCGAUCAUUUCGUUUUCACAAUUGGAGAAUAUGGGAAAUAACUGUGAUCCAAUUUCGAAACCAGAUCCACCAGAACCUAGUGAUUUGGCUGUAAUCAUGUACACGAGUGGUUCGACAGGUAUACCCAAAGGUGUUAUGCUAACUCAUAAAAAUAUGGUCACGACAGCUACUGGUUUGCUAGACUGCAUCCCCAAACUUGCACCUGAUGACUCAUACAUUGGAUACCUACCAUUAGCCCAUGCUUUUGAAAUAGCUGCUGAGUGCUUCUUCUUUGUCAUGGGAAUACCAGUUGGAUAUUCAUCCCCUCAUACCUUUACUGAUAAGUCUACUGCCAUUAUGCCUGGAUGUAAGGGUGACACCUCUUUGCUUAAACCUACUAUACUGACAGCAGUUCCAUUGAUGCUUGACAGAAUAAGGAAAGGAGUGAAUGAAGUCACCGGCAGUAAAGGUCCAUUUGCCAAAGAAUUCUUUAAAUAUGCUAUCCAGUACAAAUUGUUUUGGUUCAGAAAAGGCUUCAAUACGCCGCUUUUAAACAGGCUUGUAUUUAAGAAAAUAAAGAACAUGGUUGGUGGAAACGUUCGUAUAAUUGCCUGUGGGGGCGCUCCUUUAUCACCAGAUACCCAUGACUUUAUUCGUAUGUGCUUAGACGUUCAAAUGAUCCAAGCUUAUGGCAUGACAGAAACUGCAGCUAGUGCCACCAUUAUGGCAAUAAAUGAUCACAGUACGGGCCGUGUUGGAGCUCCAUUGAGCAACUGUUACAUCCGUUUAGUUGACUGGGCCGAAGGAAACUACCAUGCCACGGAUAAGCCAAACCCCAGAGGAGAAAUAGUCAUUGGAGGUGAUUGUGUCACGUUAGGAUAUUUCAAGAAUGAACCAUUGACCAAAGAAUGUUUCAAAGAAGAGGAUGGUGUUCGUUGGUUUUACACUGGUGAUAUUGGUGAAUUGCAUCCUGAUGGAACUUUUAAGAUUAUUGAUAGGAAAAAAGAUCUAGUGAAACUACAAUAUGGUGAAUACAUCUCUCUUGGAAAAGUUGAAGCAGAAUUGAAAACGUGUCCCUAUGUCGAUAACAUAUGCGUCGUAGGAAAUGGAUUGCAUGAUUAUUUAGUAGCAUUAAUUGUUCCAAAUGUGCAACAGCUCAAAACACUUGCCACUUCUAUGGGUAAAGAAGAUGCAUCACUGAAAGAACUAUGCUGUGAUCCAUCUGUAAUAACUGCUGUGUCUAGAGCAGUUGUGGAACAUGGGCAAAAAAGCAAAUUGAUGCGUACUGAAAUUCCUACAAAAGUGACCUUAUGCCCAGAGGAAUGGCAACCAGAAACAGGACUGGUCACAGCAGCUUUCAAAAUUCGAAGGAAAAUGAUUGAACAGUACUAUCAGAAGUCGAUAGACGAAAUGUACAAUCCUACUUUAAACGGAACUUCGAAGUCAACGUGAUUUACGUCCAAUUUCAUGAACGUUUUGUCAAUGCAAUUUAAGGACUAAAGAAAGCGAGUGUUGAUAUUUUGUCUGUGCAAUGAAGGAAAUAGAAACUGUUAAAUAAUUUGCCCAGAUAUGAAUUGAAAACACGAAGAUUGAAAAAUGAUUUUCUGUGCGUUCGUGUUAAAACGUCUCGCUAUUGUCCUUCAUGCAUUUCUGGCAUUUUCUCGGCUAAAGCAUACGAACGAGAGCAUUUAUUAAACGCCCAAAUCAACUUAUACAUUAUCAGACUUUAUAUUCCAGUAAGUUAUACAGCAAUUUUUAUGCCAAAAAAUUGUAACUUUGGUCACAAAAGCUUUAAAAGUUGUAUUUAAAAUUUUAUGGUGGAAUUUGUGUGAAUGGUGUAGUGAUAUGAAGUUUAUAAGGCUUGAAAUGGGGAUUAAAUGUGGAUCGAAAAUGCAUGGGCGAUCAUCUUCAGAAUCGCAUCAUUUUAUGUAUUACAUUCUUUACAAAAGAGGUUGUUAGAUUUUGUCGAAGAUCUUAUGCUGAAUAUUUGAUAUUUCAUGGUUCUAUUCUUAAAAAUAUUUCAUGUUUACAAAGGUUUUACUAAUCAUAUUUGUACAGAUGUUUUACUUUGUGAAUAAAUUGUUAUAUUUUGUAAA